AUGGUAGGUCAAAUGGGCAAAGAGCCAAAGACAGUAAAGAGUGUGAUUGCCCUUUUGCUUGUAUUGGAGGAACUAGGUUCCCCUGGCCUGAUCAGAUUGGUUCAGGCACACAGCAAUGACACCAUUGAAGCCCUCUUCAAAGAGGGUCUACUAUGUUUAGAAUGCCUCCGACCUAAUGCCAUUGAGCCAUCAUCUGAUGAUAUUCCUGUCCUCGCUAGCCUCUUUGAUGAGCCCAUGAACCGGCGUUUCUUUCACUAUCACCGUGAGUUCAUGUACAAGAGGCACAUGGACAUUAUGGAGGCUGUGUGUGGUAAAAUAUUUGGUGAGACCGCAGCCUUGGAAGCUGAUGCAUCGGAUAUGGAAUUGGUGGUUAGACCCUUUGGAGAGGAGACUAGCGCACUAUUUCCGGCUCAAACGUUGGUGAGGGGUUCUCCUAGUAGACAAGGCAGUGGGAGUGCUCCAUGGCAAUCGGGUAUGAUUGCCUCUAAGGAGGAUGCUAUUGCACAAAGUAUGGGCCAGAAAAUGGUGGCAGAUGACACACCAACACAUAAGACUCCAGUGAAAUCAUCUCUGAAUCCUAAUGCAAGUGAAUUUUUCCUGGAGCAAGUUCCUGAAGCAGCACGAACAAUGUUCCUAACAUUUUCAAGUGGAAGUCCAUUGAGCAGACAAGAAAUAACCCAUUUCUUUACUUCGAAUUGGGGCAUUAUAGUUAAAGAUGUUUCCAUUGAAAAGGUUCGGAAGGGGGUCUCCCCUUUGUUUGGAAAAGUGAUCUUCACAACAUCUUUGGUGAUACCAAGAAUUUUGGGAGGGAGGAACAUAGCCAAAUUCAUGGUGAAUGGAAGACAUCUGUGGCUUCGUUCUUUCACGCCCCAGCGGAGAAAAUCUGAAGGGAACAGGCCUAUUUAA